AUGGGAUCUUCACUCUUUUGGUUUGAUAAUUGGACAGGUUUGGGGGCUCUAUACUUCAAUGUACCUCAGGACUUUGGGAUAGAUGAAACAGUGCACAAUGUUUUUGAUGUGGUAGAAGGGGGAGCAUGGAAUGUGGACAGGUUAUUUGAGAUAUUACCAGAAGAUCUUGCAAUGCACAUUUUGGAGAAAAUAAAACCACCUUCAGUACCAAAUGUUGUUGAUGUACCAUACUGGAUGUUAGAGCCAAGGGGUUAUUUCAGUGUGAAGUCUGCAUGGAGAUAUUUGAGGAGAAGAGAAGACCCAAAGGUUGCUUUUAAGAUGAUAUGGGUAAAGGGAUUGCCAUUCAAAAUUGCUUUUUUUCAUGUGGAAAAUCCAAAAGAAGAAACAAUGCAGCACCUUUUCUUUCAAUCAGAUACAGCAAGAUUUGUCUGGAGAUAUUUUCUUUCAGGAGCUAGAAUCAGACAUCAGGGAUUAACAUUACAUCAAGCAAUCACUAAAUGCUGGACUGUAGAAGGUCUAGUGAAGGUGAGAAAACCAAGAAUUGAGAAUGUCCCACAUAGAUGGCAUGACCUUUUAGCUAUGAUGGAAAACUUCAUUCCUAAGUUGAAGGUGACUAAAGUGCAAUGGGAAUUUCCAAGUGCAGGAGGGUUGAAGGUGAAUACUGAUGGUGCUUCAAGGGGGAACCCAGGGAGAAGUGCAAUAGGUUACUGUAUUAAAGAUGAUCAAGGGGAUAUUGUGUUGGCAGUAGGGAAACAAAUACAUGAGACUACAAAUACUGUAGCAGAGGCAGUGGCAAUAGUAGAAGCACUGCAAUUUUGUAGAUCACAACAUAUGACACAAGUGUGCAUCCAAACUGACUCAAUGCUAAUGAAGAAAAUCAUUACUGGGGAAUGGAAACCUCCUUGGUGUAUAAUAGAGGAAGUAGAAGAAAUUAAUCAGCUGAUGGAGGGAACUAAUUGUGAGGUUUCUCACAUUUUCAGAGAGGGUAAUAAACUGGCUGAUCACCUGGCUAAUUAUGCACUUGAUUUUGGGGAUAUUGAAUGCCAUGAGUUUGGGGAACUUGAUUCAUUUGGCAGGAGAAUAGUCAAUGAAGACAAGCUGCAAUGUCCACACCUAAGGGUACAGUCUUGGCAAAGCAUUUGGAGCAGUAAAGCAGCAUUUUCGAUUAGAACAUCAACAUGCAACAUGAAUGAGGAAAAGCAGGGCAAUCUACUGGUCAAUAGCAGCAUAUACAGAACUACGCAACCUAUUCUCUACCAUCGUAGCACAUGCAGCAGACAAACUCGAUUAUAUUCAGGCGCAAAGGCAUCACAAUCACAUGUAGCAGUUCAUAUCAGCUGGUUUAAGGAGAACAUUAAGCAACAAAGUAGUGAUUCAAUUUGGGAAGUUGACAAAACUGGAGCAAAAAUGAAGUUCAAAGGAGACACCUGGGCAAUCGUUAGGUCCUAUGUUUGA